CAAUGUUAUUUUAGAAAGGCUUAUUCCUUAAACUAUCGAAAAUGUACUUAAAAAAUCCAAAUUAUGAGAAUGAUCAACUUCAAUGGCUUCCUCUACAUCCAGCUUGGCUUCUCCAUGUCCUUCCUGUGACUUAUCAAGAGAGGCCAGGGCCUCAUUUUUGUUACUUGUAAAAGUUUCUCAUGAUAUAUCAUCAUCUUGAAAAUUUAGACUUUUAAUUGCUUAUUUCAUUUUUUCAUUGUGUUCUCUUCCUAGCAGCUUUUUAAUUUUCAUAUUCCUUUUGAUUUUCGAUGUAGAAAACAUCCUCAAUUUGUUCCUUGCUGAUACUAGGAGUGUUUUUCAAGAGAUUCAGAAAAUCUCCACCCGGUGUUCUUCUUCAACUACUAUUCAUUAUAAAGAGGCCACCAUUUUGUUCCACUUCAGCAAUUUCCAGCAGAACAAUUGCCUUUUGUUCCCAAUAAUCCUCACUGCUUGAGCCAUCAGAUCUUUCUUUGGUUCCUGUAACCUGAAUAACAUUUCAUCAGCCACUUUCUCUUGGGAAUCUUCCUCUGUGAUCUCGUAUCGACCUUUAUAGUUCAUUUUUGGUUCUGGUCUGUUCCCUAGCCUGUCUUUGACAGGUCAUUUCCUUUUGAGAUGACCUUGCCCCUUUUCCUCUUCCUUUGAUCCUGUUUUUUUGUUUGUUUUUGCCACCAUGCAUAUAUUCAGCUAGUUGUUCGUCUAGCCCUUUCGUAUGCUCUAGAGAUUCCCUCUUAAGUUUCUUAGCAAGCAAACAAUCAUAGGUCUCGGAUUGUCUGCUUCUGUCAAUAGUGCCCUCCAUUCCCAAGAUACCAAGUUCAGUGGCCACUGCAUCUUAAUUCUGUUCCUGCAGUACAGCACCCCAUAUGUUGUUAACCUUCUUUCCUCCAGAAACAGGUGGUUUCUGACUGCUCUGGCCAAACUGAAAAGACUCUGGUUUGGGAGGAGAGUUUACAUAUUUCCAUCACUUCCACUUCCAAAGACAGCUAUCAUCAUCUGAAUCAGAAAAACUCUCUUCACUUGAAUCCACACUUUCAACAACUCGGUAAUGUGAUACUGGUGCACAUGCAGUCGCCCUGCUCUGGAAGGCCCUCAUAAGCACUGUCCCCACCUAGCACUUUCCACACUUGCUGCAGCCUGUUGCUGGGUGUGACCGUUAUGUCGGAAUCUGAGUCAGGUUGGAAAGCUGCCCAUCUUCCAUGUCGCCGGCCUCCAACACCAUCUUCCCAUGGUGCCUAUGCCUAUAUUUUAGCCAACAUUAUUUUCAUCUCUGUUGCCUAGAAAGCCUUUAAAGAUUACGUUAUGUGUCCCUAUGCCCCUUUAAGGUACUAUGUAUUUUUGUAUUUUGACUUUCAUUGUGAUGUGUUAUAAUUGAUUAUUUAAAUAUUUUAUCUACUAAAUUCUAAGCUUCAGUGAAUAAUCAUUGUAUCAUCAGUGCUGCCAUAGAAAUUGAAUAAAUACAGACUUUCCUUUUAUAUCAUUUAAGAUUCUAUCUCGUUUCAUAACUUUUUAUCCAUGAAUGUUUUCCUUUGAAACUUCACUCUAAUGUUUCUUAUAUUUUUUAUAGUUUUUUUUGUGGGAGUCUGUUUUGUUUUUUCCAAUUUUCCUGUUCUUGAAAGGGAAGUAGUCAGAAUCUCCUUGGACACAGUUACUUUCCACAGAAUUGUAGUACAAUACUCCUCUCCGAUCUUAAUUUUGAGAGUCAGUGGAUUAUGCAGGUACUAAGAAUCAGUUGUCAAUUAUAGAUAUGCUGGACCAAAGAGGAAACUGCUAACAUUGUUUCCCACAGUCUGAUUUGGCAAGAAAGAAUAAGUAUUACGUGAUUUGAAGUGGUCUACAAUUCUUACGGUGAGUGAGGGGGAAAGUGCAUUAAAACAACCACACCCUAUAAACAUUCUCACUCAUCCUUUCCCCUCUAUUAUUUCUACUUUGAAUAACUUCAAAAUAAAAUAUGAUACAAGAUCAGAUUUGUUUUAGUAAAUAGGCUAACGAAAUAUAAAAUGGAACGUAAAAGAGAGGGGAAAGGUGACCUAUUGCUCAUUUCAGUGCUUAGGCUCUGACCACGUUUUAUUGUGUCUUUAUUCCUAGCCAACACAAGACCCUUCCUCUUCCAGCUGAGGUGCUGACCUUGCCUUUUUCCCUGACAUUAAGAGAAAAUCUGAAAAACAGAUUGAGAAUCUGACUUCCAAUCAAGAAUCUCUCUCCAGGACCACAGCUGGGGAUUUAUGCCCAUACUUAUGGCUAUAGGAAACUGGACAGAAAUAAGUGAAUUUAUCCUCAUGAGCUUCUCUUCCCUACCUACUGAAAUACAGUCAUUGUUCUUCCUGACGUUUCUAACCAUCUAUUUGGUUACUCUGAUGGGAAACAGCCUCAUCAUUCUGGUUACCCUAGCUGACCCCAUGCUACACAGCCCCAUGUACUUCUUCCUCAGAAACUUAUCUUUCCUGGAGAUUGGCUUCAACCUAGUCAUUGUGCCCAAAAUGCUGGGGACCCUGCUUGCCCAGGACACAACCAUCUCCUUCCUUGGCUGUGCCACUCAGAUGUAUUUCUUCUUCUUCUUUGGAGUGGCUGAAUGCUUCCUCCUGGCUACCAUGGCAUAUGACCGCUAUGUGGCCAUCUGCAGUCCCUUGCACUACCCAGUCAUCAUGAACCAAAGGACUCGUGCCAAACUGGCUGCUGCCUCCUGGUUCCCAGGCUUUCCUGUAGCUACUGUGCAGACCACAUGGCUCUUCAGUUUUCCAUUCUGUGGCACCAACAAGGUGAACCACUUCUUCUGUGACAGCCCACCUGUGCUGAGGCUGGUCUGUGCAGACACAGCACUGUUUGAGAUCUACGCCAUCAUCGGAACCAUUCUGGUGGUCAUGAUCCCCUGCUUGCUGAUCUUGUGUUCCUAUACUCGCAUUGCUGCUGCCAUCCUCAAGAUCCCAUCAGCUAAAGGGAAGCAUAAAGCCUUCUCUACGUGCUCCUCACACCUCCUUGUUGUCUCUCUUUUCUAUAUAUCUUCUAGCCUCACCUACUUCCGGCCUAAAUCAAAUAAUUCUCCUGAGAGCAAGAAGUUGUUAUCAUUGUCCUACACUGUUGUGACUCCCAUGUUGAACCCCAUUAUCUACAGCUUGAGAAAUAGCGAGGUGAAGAAUGCCCUCAGCAGGACCUUCCACAAGGUCCUAGCCCUCAGAAACUGUAUCCCAUAG